UGGCGGCCCCCAUGGUGCGGCGCGGGGUCCUCCUCGCGCGGAAAGUGCCGCUGCUUCCGCUCUCCGUGACAGGCAUGUGAUCACCUUGAACAGCUGCACACAGGACAUCUUGGGACUCCCGUCUUUCCCCACCAUCACCUCCCCUCUUUUUGUCUCCAAAUUCAAAACUCAUGAACAAAAUUCUAGAUAAUGUCUUUUCUGACUUUAGAAUAAGGAGGGCUGAUUUCUUAUGCUAGAAUAAAACAUGCUAGGAGAAGAAAUAGAGAAUAAGAAAGAAAAUGUAAUAAUAACAAGUAGAGAAUAUGUAAGUCACUGGUAUCCUGGAGUAUAUGGUUUAACAGUCCCCUCCUCAGCUCAGGCUCACGUGGAAAAGGGCUGCACUUGUUUCCCACAGAAGGGAGAGAUCCACCUGGUUUUUGAAGUUGGAAUUCAGGUUGCAUAGAAAAGCUGCUAUAAAUUAUGAAUGGGUUAUCUGAAUUGUUUGUUUUGAUUCUGUGUCAGACUGUUAAGAGUAUGCAGAGACCUUAAAUAUCACCCAGCCAGCUCCUUCAGUUAAAACUGCAGGAUCUGGUCUACUCCCUCCUGACCUGGUAUAUAGCUCCGUACCUGACAUAAUGCCAUCAUUGCCAGUUGAAUUUUAUUCACCCUUCUUGACAGAUCUAAGAAUGUAACUGACAAUUUAUAACAUUGUUCCUAUGAAAAAAUGUGUUCUAAGUUCCAAACAUCUAAUCAUUUCUUUAAAAUAAUCCAUUUGAAAUGUAGGCACUUUUAAAUAGUUACUAUUUAAAAAAAUAUCUUAGUUCCCCUCCGAGGCAGUCUUUGGGAGCUUUUAAUAUUAUUGCAUCAUUGCUUAAGCUUUAGACUUCAAAUUUAAACAUAUUAUUCUAGUAAAGGUCUGACCCAACCCCUGCUGAAGGCAAGGGGGGACUGGUUUUGUGUGUAAACACACAGAAGUGUUUAUAUUUGUUUUAGUUGGGAGACGGAUAGAGAAAAACAGCAUGCAAAUAAAUUGUGUUUAAUCAACUGCCAUGCCUUCUAGUUGUUUGGUUUAUGUCUGCCAUGACCUUCAGGUAAAAGAUGUCUGCUUUCUGCAGCAUACGUGGACAGCCACAAAUGGGAAGCAAGAGAAAAAGAAGAUUUCCACCUCGGUAAUCUAUCCCUGUUUUUCUUUUUAAAUGUGGGAAACGAAAACAGAGUUUCAGCCUGUUUUUUCCAAAUCACUUCUUCUAGCUGAUCUGGCAUCUUUAAUGGAUAAAACAUAUGAGAGAAAGCUGCCCGUUAGUUCUUUAACAAUAUCACGGUUUGUAGACAACAUUUCAUCUCGAGAAGAGAUAGACCAUGCAGAGUAUUACCUGUACAAAUUUCGACACAGCCCCAACUGCUGGUACCUGAGAGAUUGGACUAUCCACACCUGGAUUAGGCAGUGUCUAAAAUAUGGUGCACAAGACAAAGCCUUAUAUACCCUUGUAAAUAAGGUCCAGUAUGGCAUUUUUCCAGAUAACUACACAUUUAAUUUACUGAUGGAUCAUUUCAUAAAGAAAGAAAAUUACAAAGAUGCUUUAUCCGUGGUUUUUGAGAUAAUGAUGCAAGAAGCUUUUGAAGUUCCUUCCACCCAGCUCCUUUCCCUCUACGUUUUAUACCACUGCCUGGCAAAGAAGACAGACCUCAGUUGGGAAGAGGAGAGGAACUUUGGUGCAUCCCUGUUACUCCCAGGCCUAAAGCAAAAGAACUCAGUGGGGCUGAGUUCCCAGUUGUACAGCUAUGCGCUUCUUGGGAAGGUGGAAUUGCAGCAAGGGCUGCGGGCUGUGUACCAUAACAUGCCUCUGCUGUGGCAACCAGGUUACCUCAACAGAGCCCUUCAAGUGAUGGAGAAGGUAGCCUCCUCCCCAGAAGACGGAAAGCUAUGUAGAGAAGCGCUCAGUGUGCUGGACAGAGUGCUGAAGGCUUUGACUGCUCCGGCCCAAGGGUCUUCAGAGGGGAACGGUGAGGGGAACCAGAAGUCAGAAGAACUGGCGGAGCAGCUGGACGUGGAUGAAACUGAACAGUCCAAGCUUCCCCGAUACCUGGAACGAUUUGAGGCCUUACAUUCCAAGCUCCAGGCUCUGGGCAAAGUUGAGUCAGAAAGCCUUCUGACCCUGACCACCCAGCUUGUCAAGGAACAGCUCCCCACCUGUGAAGCAGAAGACAUUGCUGCCUACGAGCAGAAGCUGCAGCAGUGGCAUCUGGAUCGGGUACAUUUGAUUCAGAGGGAAAAGGAGCAAAGGGAGAGGGCCAAGCAGGAGCACGAGGCUCGAAGAGCAGCCAAGGCGUCUGCCUAGUAAGGCCCCUUGGGGGCCCCGGGAACUUCACGAGAGCCCACCUCCGGAUCCUGUGAUGUUUCAACAGCCUCAGCGUCCUGCAUCCACCUUCUCCUGUUCUUAGAGCCGACCUCCCAUGGCACACAAGCCGUGUUGUUCACAUGUCAAGCCACGUGACCACUCACCCCGAUGUCAGGAAGGCUGUGGAACCAUGAAAGCGGCAAGUGGUCAGACCGAAGCCACCAGCUAAAUACCUUAAAUAAGGGCUCUUGUGGUUUAUAGUGGAGUUCCUGGGGCACAGGGAUCCAUUUUGAACAUGGAAAGUCCUAGCUGGCGAUGGUGGUGGGAGAAGCCGUGACUGAAGCAUCUGGUCUCAAGCACAAGCUUUUGAAUGGUCUCUCUGUCCCCAGCCAAUGCCACUGCAUGUCCUGAGACCUUGUCCCCUAGUCUCCUCUCGCGUGCACUCUCUCAGCCUGAGCUGGGUAUGGGAUGCCUGCACGUCCCCACUUUCCCCUCGCAGACCUGAACUGGGAGAAGUUCAGUAGAGGAGCCAACACAAGACCUGCUGGCCCUCGAAUUUCACGGAGCCCUGGUAGCAUUUUUAGCAUGUAAGGGCUUUUGAGGGGAGAGCUAGCCUAGCUCUGAAGCCUCUGUGGCUUGACUCCCCGUCACAUUGGGGUAACUUUCUUACAAAGCAUUGUCCCGGCUCCUCAUCAAGUUGGUCAGGUGAGCCUUCUGUGGAUACAUGUGCACACACGUGCAGCCUGUAAACACACGUUUCAGUUAGAAGCUGGAGAAAAGGAGAGAUGGGAUGGGGCUUGUAGUGCAUAGGAGACGUGAGUGGGUAUGAAACUGUCAGGAGGUGGAACAUUCUCUCUGGGGUUUCCUUGUGGAAGGGGUCCGGGGCAGCUCUCGCUUGUUGUGUGAUUUUGUCCGUACGUGUAGCGGUGUACUUGUAGGCGGGAGCGCGCUCUUUUAUCAAGAACCUGUGGAAAUAAAUGCUCUG